UUUUUUUCUACACAGUGACGGUCUUGCCAUCAGAUAAAUGUCCCCAUUGGUACCUGCUGCUGUGCUGUGUGGGCCGGCCCAGCCAGCAGAGCCUGCUCUUCAUUAAGCUAGCUGGGUUUAUGAACCACGGUGGGAUCUCCCUGGUCCCUCCCCCUCCGCCUGUCUGCCUGGCUGCCCGCUCCCAGCAGCGCUGCGACGGUCAAAGGAUUCACACUUUGCGGCGCUCAGAGGACCGGCAGUCGGCGGCUCUCCAGCCCAUCAGUCCGUACACAACAAGAGUAGUGAUGGUUCACAUGGGCAGAAUGCGCCAGAAUCCUUGAAGAUAAACUAAAGGCUGCGGACGAUACUUGAUCAUCCUUUGAUUGCUGUACGUACAACUGGUGCCAUGGUUGGUCUAAUAACUCAAGUUACACUGCUGAGGUGUACUUUUCUCUUUCUCUACUUGAGUGUCUGCUUUUGCCAGCGUGACUGCACCGGCGUGGACUGCCCCCAGCUGGACAACUGCAUCCAAGAAGUUCUGGAGAGUGGCAGCUGUUGCGCUUCAUGCCUGCAAAAAGGAUGCACAUGUGAGGGUUACCAGUACUAUGAUUGCCUCAAUUCUGGAUUCAAGAAUGGCAAGGUGGGCGAGGGAGAGUCUUACUUUGUUGACUACGGCAGCACAGAGUGCUCCUGCCCCGUGGGAGGGGGCCGGAUCAGCUGCAACUUCAUCAGCUGUCCUGAUAUGCCGCCGAACUGCAUCGAGGUUUCAGAGCCUGCGGACGGUUGCAUGCAGUGCGAACGCGUCGGAUGCGUACAUGGCGAGCAAAAGUACGAGGCCGGACACUCCUUCCACGUUGAUCCCUGCCGGGUCUGCCACUGCCCCAACGAAGGAGGGAAUCUAAUGUGCUACCCUGUGCCAGAUUGUGACCCGCACAAGGUCCAUAAACCAAUGUUGGCUGCACCAACAAGGGAGGACGCAGCCAACAGGGGCAAAAGUUACCCCGAAAGGUUUGACCAACAUGGGCCGAUGGAUCAGUUUUCCACACCACAUCACCUUCCUCCUAUUGGGAAUCUUCCUCUCUUCAAAUCGCCGCCUUUGGAUAAGGAGGAGCCAGAAGAUUAUGAUUACGGUCCUACAGACUUUCCAGAGACCUACCCUCAAUCUCUGGUCUUCCCCACCGAGUCGUCCUCAUUUAAUAAGAUCAUCUCUUUGUCCCGAGGUUCGGACAGACCUGACAGAACUUCUGCCCGUCAGAGCUUUGACAGACAAAGCAAGCUGGAGCUGAGAGAGCGACAUGGAGUUCAUGACCAUUCGGCAUACAAAGUGGAAGUGACAGAAAGUCCCCUGAGACUAGAGCAGAGUACUAUCAGGCCACAUUUGCACAAGGAUGCCACUACUUCUUGGCAGCCCUCACAGGGUCCAACAAGUGCGCAAAGUGUCUCAUUCAGUGAUCUGACAACACAGAAAGGUGUGGAGAAGCCAUUGCCUGCACCGGAAAGUUCAGACAGGAUCAUAUUUCCACUGAAACAAGGAUAUGGGAGUGAAAAACACCCAGAGUAUCCACAUAUAAGUCCUGAGAGUGCAGUUCAUCCUCAGAGAAGCUCUGAGACUAAGACACGUCAACACAAUGCAUUGGAUAGUGUGACACCCAGUGGUUCAAAGAGUCAAAUCAACAUUAGUCAUCCAGUGAGAGGUAUAGACAGUCAAACCGAUCAGCAGAGACGAUCAGAAAGAGUGAAUUUCCAGCUGAACAUACUGAAAAGCCCAGAGGGCCAAAUCCAUUCCCAGGCUAGUUCAAACGGCCACAAAGAAUCCCGGGGGACGGUCGCACAGGACAGGGAGGAAGGGAUGGAUGAAGAAGAGAUUAUAGAGGAGCAGGAGGAGGAGGAGGAGGAUGAAGAAAUAGUAACAUUUCAUAGUGUCACUGAGCCUGAAAGAAUUGAUGUUCCCUACAAGAUAAAGUUAGAGUUAGCACAACAGUCAGAGAGCAGCAGUCCAACCAGCAGCUAUGAAAAGAGCACACCCGAGCCCAGCACCAGCUCCCCCAGGAGGCCCGAGUACCUGACAACCCCCAUGGUCCAUUAUAUAAGCACUACCCAGCCGCCAGUAAGGGCCAAGCUGAAUGAGAGUGAGCCCAGCAGAAAGCCAGGUCAUUGGCUGGUUAACCUUCACAGUGAAGACCAGGAAGAGUUGACGGAGAAAGAGGAGGAGGAGAGGAAAGAUCGCCCUGGUUUGCUUGUCAAACCUGAUGAAGGUCCAGGUGUCUCUGCUGAAGACCUGCUGCAGAGCUGCUGUGCUGCUGGCCAGAAAUGGGCCACAGAAAACCACCACUGCAACCACAUGCCACUGCUGAACAAUGACAAGCACUCCAUAUGCAGUGUUGCAGGGAAGCAGUGCUGUCUCAGCUCUAUAAAGGAGAGCCAGUGUGAAUCAGGUAUGACUUCAGCCAGAGGAGGGGACACCUGUGAAGUGGAGGAGGACCAGUGCACAGAUGACUCCUACCGGGUGUGCUGCAGCUGCUGUGCCCUUGGCUUACGGGCGCGCAGCGAAGGAUGGGGUUGUGAUGCCCACCAGUACCUGGAAUACCCGUGUGGACAUGUCUUCCUCACCUGCUGCCAGGAGGAGGAAGGUCUAAGCCAGAUCCUGUUGAGAAGAAAGCAGAAGCCCAGACCAACUUCUAUGCCAAGAAAAGUCUCCAACAGGAAGUUGCCCAACGAGGCCUUCUCCAUCAGUGCCACAGAAGAAGCUGCCAACGCAGUGGAGGAGCAGGGGGAUGUGGAUGAGUGUCAGCUCUACCCGGGCCAGCUGUGCCAGCACACAUGCACCAACACCUGGGGCUCCUACCGCUGUGGCUGUAACCAGGGCUACAUCCUGCAACAGGACGGAAGCUCCUGUGCACCAGCGAGUCAAGACGAGGACAACCGAGUCCGAGAGCACAGUGCUUCUAGCACCACCCCCAGCGCAACCACCACCACUGCCCGCCUCAAUCCAUGUGCAGAAAACGGUCCUUGCAGUCAGCAGUGUACGGUGGUGGCCGGCCGGGCUCGCUGCUCCUGCUUCCCAGGGUUUUCGCUGAUGACUGACGGACGCAUGUGUGAAGAUGUGGAUGAGUGUGCAACCAACACCCAUAGCUGUCGGCCCAGCGAGCAGUGUGUGAACACAGUGGGUUCAUUUAUAUGCGAGCUGCAGGUCACUUGUCCUGCCGGCUUCCAGCUGAGGAACAGUGUUUGCAAGGACAUUGAUGAAUGUGUUCUGCAAACCCAUAACUGUGGUAUGGGCUUUGUGUGUGAGAACACAGCGGGCUCUUUCCUGUGUAAUCCCAAACACAAGUGCAUCAGCGGCUUCACACAGGACUCCCAUGGCAACUGUAUCGACAUAAAUGAGUGCAGCAGCCGGAGUGAGCCAUGUGGCUCUGGCUUUAACUGCAUCAACACCGUGGGCUCCUACGCCUGCCAGCAGAAGUUCAUAAUGUGCAACCCCGGCUACCAUGUCAGCCCUGAUGGAGCCACGUGUGUUGACAUUGAUGAGUGUCAGAUGGGGACGCACCGCUGUGGCGUGGGCCAGAUCUGUCACAACCUCCCCGGCAGCUUCCGCUGUGACUGCCAGACGGGCUACCAGUAUGAUGCCCUCCGCAAAGUCUGCAGCGAUGUAAAUGAGUGCUGGCGCUAUCCUGGCAGGCUGUGUGCCCAAACCUGUGAAAACACCCCAGGCUCCUACCACUGCUCAUGCACAGCCGGCUUCUCCCUAGCAUUUGAUGGCAAGAACUGUGAAGAUGUAAAUGAAUGUGACAAAAACCCGUGUGGCCAGGAGUGCGCCAACAUCUACAGCUCAUACCAAUGCUACUGUCGCCAAGGCUACUACCUGAAAGAGGACGGACACACCUGUGAAGAUAUUGAUGAGUGCUCCCAGAGCAUCGGGAACCUUUGUACCUUCCAGUGUGUGAACGUUGCUGGCAGCUACCAGUGUGCCUGUCCUGCUAAUGGAUACGUCAUGUCGGCCAAUGGACGCACCUGCAAAGAUAUUGACGAGUGCACAACUGGCGCCCACAACUGUUCAUAUGGACAGAGCUGCUAUAACCUGCAGGGAGGCUUCAGAUGUCUCUCCUUCGCCUGCCCUCACAACUACAAGAAGGUGUCAGACAUACGAUGUGAGCGGAUCAGCUGUCCCAGCAACUCCUUAGACUGUCAGAACUCCCCCAUACGCAUCACGUACUACCAGCUCAGCUUCCAGACCAACAUCAUCAUCCCUGCCCAGAUCUUCCGAAUCGGACCGUCCCCCGCCUACUCCGGUGACCACAUUGUCAUCGGCAUCAUCAGAGGCAACGAGGAGGGCUACUUCAGCACCAGAAAGCUGAACAGCUUCACGGGGGCCGUGUACCUGCAGAGACAGGUGCGCGAGCCCAAAGACUUCCUGAUAGACGUGGAGAUGAAGCUGCUGAGGCAGGGGGCGUUCACCUCCUUCCUCGCCAGGAUCUACGUCUUCAUCACAUCCGCCGCAGUGUAACACCAAGACCGAACAGACAAAGAGAGAGGGACUGGGAACUUCAUAUGGUGCUCAACUUUUAUAUGUGCGGACUCUUUUUGUAAUGCCUCCCCAAAAUCAGACUUUUUAUUUUUUAUUUUUUUAAGAAAUCUUGUAAAAUGUUGCCAAAGACCUUACGCCAAAAACACACCGGCCGCGGAAGCGCUGCGAAGCGACGCAAAGCAGCGCCAUUUUCAUUUCGACGCCCAUGUCAUCCAAUCUGUUGUUCACGCCGCUUGUGAUCAGGAGAGAAGGGUCUAUUCUUUUCGCCAUCUCUUCUGUUUCUUCGACAAGCUGUUAAAGGGAUACGCCACCGUUUGUUGAAAUAGGGCUUAUCAUGGUCUCCCCU